UGGUUUGAGCAGUUUUUCACUCCUGCAGGAUCCAUUGUGACGGAAUGAGCCUGUUGUAGAAGAUCAUUACAGAUCAUAAUGUCAGCCUCCUCUGACACUUUGAUGUUUCGUCUCCCCACCCACGGUGAGGCCAUCCUUAGCAAAAUGAACACUCUGAGAGAGGAUCACCGCUUCUGUGAUGUCACACUCCUUAUCGGGGGUCUACGAGGCACCGCCGUCCAGCAAUUCCAUGGCCACAGAGUGGUGCUUGCAGCGUCCUCAGACUUCCUGCGUGACCAAUUCGUGCUCCAUGAGGGCCAGGCAGAGCUGAGCGUGGGUGUAGUUUCCAGCGUGGAGGUCGGUGAGAGACUGCUCCUGUCCUGCUACACCGGGCUCCUGGAGGUCCCUCUGAGGGAGUUGGUGAACUACCUCACUACAGCCAGCAGCCUUCAGAUGAGCCAGGUGGUGGAGAAGUGUGCCCAGGCUGUCUCCCAGUACCUCAGUCCAACUCUAGCUUUCCUGAAUCAGGAGAUACGAUCAGAGGAGAAGGAAAUCCUGCAGCCAGACGGUGGUUGGCCAGACCUCAGCUCCAAAAAUCAGGAGGAAAGGGAUGGAGCCCAACCCAACAACAGUAUCCAGGAAGCAAACAGAGAGGAAGGUGGUACAAUUGUGAUUCAGUCCAAGUCCAGGCUCUGCCAAGGAGCGAAGGCGGAAAGUCAAGGACUGAGGGCGGAAAGAGAGGAGAGGAGGGAGGCAAGAGCUAAAAUACAGUCAUCUGAAGAUGCAGCCUGUUGUUUCAAUACCCGGGAGUCAGAGGAAGGUAGAGACAUCCAGCAAAUCACCCAAGCUGUUCACACAAAUGAGCAAUCCUAUCAAGUUCACAACACGCCAGGUGUCCUGAGAUAUGCUCAACAUGAAGAGGGGCUGCACGGCUCCCAAAACCCAAAUGAAAAACUCUCAGCUCAACUGCAAGAAUGUCGGGAGCAGAUGGACUCCGGUUUAUUCUGCCUCUCUGGAGCACAUCUGUCAAAAGGUCACAGAACUGUAGAUGAGCUGACAGAAGGUUCAGAGAGCACAUCAGUCCAGAGGCCGUACCUGUGCAGGAGGUGUGACAGAGUCUUCCAACACCUGGAAAGCUAUGCGGGACACCUGAAGGAGCACAGACAGCACCUGUGUUUGGUCUGUGGGGAAGGCUUCACCCACAGGAGCACCCUGUCUCACCACAUACGCGUCCACACCGGUGUCAAACCUCUCAGGUGCCCGCUGUGCCACAAGACAUUUUCUCACAAGGCCCCACUGCAAGACCACUUCAACCUGCACACAGGGGACAAGCCCCACAAGUGUAACUACUGUGCAAUGCAGUUUGCACACAAGCCAGGCCUCAGGCGCCACCUGAAGGAAACUCAUGGUAAGAGUAGCCUGCAGAACAAGCUUGAGGAGGCAGAAGAGGACUGA